UCCCUUUACUUCUUUCUCUCUCUUCUUGUAAUAUAUAAUUAGGGUUCAUUUUCUCUGUGCACUUUUUUACCCAUUUAGUAUGUGUAUUGUUUGCUGAUUUGAGAAGCUCUAAUUGAUAAUUAAUUGUUGUAAUAUAAGUUUUGUUUACUGGGGUUUUUGCAAAAUUCAUGGCUUCAUUGCAUUUGUCUUUUUCUCUUGAGUUUCAUGAACCCAAAAAGAUUAAAUUUUGUCCAACUUCUGCUCAGUUAUUUGAUCGUUUACCUGUUACCCACUUCCUAAGUUCUUCAAAUGGAAGUGGGUUUGGUGUAAUUUUUGCUGUUUCUAAGUUGAAUCAUGUUAAAGCUUCUCGUUUUGAUUCGGAAUUAGUGGAUGGUUCAGUGAAUGUUGGUGAGAGUGAUGGUAAUAGUGGAACGUAUGAGGAUGAUUUAGGGAGUGAGAAUUUGAUUUCCCAGAAUUCGAAUUUGUCGCAUUUUCAUCGUAAGGCGGGUGCUAGAGAUAUAGGGAAGAGAUUUCGUGGUGGUGGAGGUGUGAGAGAAGUCCGAAAAGAGAAGCAAAGCUUGAAGAAGCUUGAUAAUGUAGGAAAACGUAAUGAGAACAAAGAUGUUUGUGGUGAACUAGAUGUUGGCAAAUAUGGUAUUAGGCCUGAAUCGAGCAUAGCCUCUUUCAAUAAGAUAUUGAAAGGCCUUGAAAGGGGUGAGGAUAGGAAAGCGUUGCUAUUUUUCGACUGGAUGAGGAGUAAUGGGAAGUUAAAAGGGAAUGUGAUUGCUUACAAUUUGGCUUUGCGGGUAUUGGGAAGGAGAGGUGAUUGGGAUGCGGCAAAUAAAUUGGUUGAGGAGAUGAGACUGGAAUCAGGGUGUGAGCUGCAAUUUCAGGUCUUUAAUACAAUCAUUUAUGCUUGUUCUAAGAAGGGGCUUGUGGAUAUUGGUGCUAAAUGGUUCCGUAUGAUGUUAGAGUAUGAUGUUGAGCCUAAUAUUGCAACUUUUGGUAUGCUUAUGAGUUUAUACCAGAAAGGUUGGAAUGUUGAGGAGGCAGAGUUUGCAUUUUCCCAAAUGCGGAGAUUAAAUAUCAGAUGUCAAUCUGCAUACUCAGCAAUGAUCACAAUUUACACCCGGUCUGGUUUGCACACCAAAGCGGAAGAGGUGAUUGACCUUCUGUUUAAGGAUGAAGUUGUAAUGAAUCUUGAGAACUGGUUGGUUAUGCUGAAUGCUUAUAGCCAACAAGGGAAGCUAAAAGAAGCCGAAGGCGUAUUGGUUUCAAUGGGUGAGGUAGGCUGUGCCCCAAGUAUCAUUGCAUACAAUUCACUGAUAACUGGGUAUGGGAAGAUAACCAAUAUGGAUGCUGCUGAACAGAUGUUCCAGAACUUACAAAAUGUAGGCCUGGAGCCUGAUGAAACAACUUACAGGUCCAUGAUUGAAGGCUGGGCUAGAUCUGGGAAUAAUGAGAAAACAAAAUGGUAUUAUAAGAGGCUGAAAGAUUUGGGAUUCACGCCAACAUCCUCUAAUCUUUACUCUUUAAUAAACUUGCAAGCUAAACACAAGGAUGACGAUGGGGCUUUUAUCAUUCUUGAUGACAUGGUGAAGUUGGGCUGCCAACCCUCCUCCAUUCUUGGCUCUCUCAUACAAGCUUAUGAAAAGAGUGAAAGGUUUGAUAGAUUGCCACAAAUUUUGAGGGGUUCUCUCUAUGAUCAUGUGCUACAUAAUCAGACAGCGUGCUCAAUUUUGGCUAUGGCUUAUGUAAAACACUCCUUGGUGGAUGAUGCUAUUAAACUUCUAAAAUAUAAGCACUGGAAGGACCUAGCUUUCGAGGACAACUUGAUCCAUUUGCUUAUUUGUUCUUGCAAGGAACUGGGCCAUCUGGAAGAUGCUGUCAAAAUAUUUACCCAUAUGCUGAAGUCUGAUGGAAGGCCAAACUUGCAUAUUUACUCGACUAUGAUUGACAUCUACAGUCUUAUGAAUCAAUUUGCUGAUGCAGACAACACUUACCAGCUAUUAAGGUCUUCAGGACUUGCUCUGGACAUGGUUGCCUAUAGUAUUGUUGUCAGGAUGUAUGUGAAAUUCGGACUUUUGGAAGAUGCUUGCUAUGUUUCGGAAGAUAUGGACAAGCAAACAAACAUCGUUCCUGAUAUUUAUUUGUUCCGCGACAUGCUCAGAGUGUACCAAAGAUGCAAUAAACAAGAUAAGCUGGCAGACUUGUACUACAAGAUCUUAAAGAGUGGGGUUAGCUGGGACCAGGAAAUGUACAAUUGUGUCAUAAAUUGCUGUGCUCAUGCUUUGCCUGUUGAUGAGCUUUCCAAGGUCUUUGAUGAGAUGAUUAAAAAAGGAUUUACCCCCAAUACUAUCACUUAUAAUGUUAUGCUUGAUGUUUAUGGGAAGUCCAAACUUUUCACAAAGGCUACGAAAGUCUUUUCGAUGGCUAAGAAACAGCAAUCGGCAGAUGUGAUAACUUACAAUACUCUUAUAGCAGCAUAUGGUCAAAGCACAAACUUAGAGAAAAUGACAAAAACUGUGCAACUGAUGCAAUUUAAUGGGUUUUCUGUAUCCCUUGAAGCUUACAAUUGUAUGUUGGCUGCUUAUGGAAAAAAGCGUCAAAUGGAUAAACUUAGAGAUGUCUUGCAAAGCAUUAAGGAAUCAAGUCACACUUCUGACCAGUACACGUACAAUAUACUGAUGAAUAUAUAUGGGGAACAACGAUGGAUUGAAGAAGUUGCUGCAGUGUUGGAAGAGCUAAAAGAAUAUGGACCGGGACCAGAUUUAUGCAGCUAUAAUACAUUGAUAAAGGCAUAUGGCAUUGCAGGGAUGAUUGAAGAUGCUGUUUCUGUGGUUAAAGAAAUGAGAGACAAUGGGGUAGAUCCUGAUAGGAUCACUUAUCUCAACUUGAUAACCGCAAUGCGCAGGAAUGAUAAGUUUCUAGAGGCUGUUAGAUGGUCAUUGUGGAUGAAGCAAAUGGGAAUGAGCUGAAGUACUUGUGAAGCAGGCAUGACAAUGUUUCUGUUAAUCUCCAACUACAGCUGCUGCUAGCUUCUUCACUGUGAUGCUGUAUGAUUGAAUGGCAAAAAGGGCAUCCAAGUGCUACUACAAAAUUUUGCGGGGU